AUGAUCCGUCACGGUGAAAGUGAAUGGAACCAAAAGAAUCUCUUCUGCGGCUGGUAUGAUGCUGACCUUAGCGACAAGGGUCGCGAAGAAGCUGUUGCAGCUGGAAAGGCUUUAAAAGCUGAAGGUUAUCAGUUCGACGUAGCCCAUACAUCUGUUUUAAAAAGGGCUCAAAUAACAUUAAAUAGUAUCCUAAAUGAAAUAGGCCAAACUGAUCUACCUGUUAAUAAAACCUGGCGGUUAAAUGAGAGGCACUAUGGUGGUCUUACUGGUCUCAAUAAAGCUGAGACUGCUGCCAAAUAUGGAGAGGCACAGGUACAAAUCUGGCGCCGAAGCUUUGAUAUACCACCACCUGCAAUGGAAAAAGAUCAUCCUUAUUACGAAACAAUUGUUAAAGAUCCUCGUUAUGCUGGUGACCCCAAACUAGAGGAAUUUCCCAUGUUUGAGAGCUUAAAGCUCACUAUUGAAAGAACUCUGCCUUAUUGGAACAAUGUUAUAGUCCCCCAGAUUAAAGAAGGCAAGAAGAUUAUCAUUGCCGCGCAUGGCAACAGCCUUAGAGGCAUUGUAAAGCAUUUAGACAAUCUCAGCGAUGCUGCUAUUAUGGAACUCAACUUACCUACUGGAAUUCCAUUUGUAUAUGAAUUGGAUGAGAAUAUGAAACCAGUUGAUUCCAUGGUCUUUUUGGGUGAUGAAGAAACUGUUAAGAAGGCCAUGGCUGCAGUUGCUGCUCAAGGCAAAGCUAAG